AUGUAUUCCCUCCGCCGUCUUCCACCCAUCGCCCUCCUCCUCCUCCUCUUCGCCGGCGGCGUGGCAGCGCAACCGAACACGACGACCCAGGAGUACGCACCGACGACACCGCCAUCGCUGAACAACUUCCAGCCGAGCCUGGCAGUGGUAAUCGGAAUCCUAUGCAUAAUGUUCGCCAUCACGUUCGUCCUCCUACUCUACGCCAAGUUCUGCCACCGCGGCUCCUCCGCCGCCGCCGCCGCCGCCGAGAUGCUCCGCCAGCAGGGCCUAACCCGCUCCGCUUCCCGAUUCUCCGGGAUCGACAAGACGGUCAUUGAAUCCCUCCCCUUCUUCCGAUUCUCCUCCCUCCGCGGCGACAGGGACGGCCUCGAGUGCGCCGUCUGCAUAUCCAAAUUCGAGGACGUCGAGAUCCUCCGGCUGCUGCCGCAGUGCAAGCACGCCUUCCACAUCAAUUGCAUCGACCUGUGGCUGGAGAAGCACUCCAGCUGCCCGAUCUGCCGAUCGAGAGUCAACGCCGAGGACCCCUCCGUGUUUGCGUACUCCAAUAGCACGCGGAUGAUGUGGAGCCAGUCGGCGGAGGCAGGGGAGGUGGAGGCAGAGCACCGGGGAAUUUCGGCGGCGGAGGACGAAUUGGGGCUUUUUGUUCAGAGGGAGGAGAGCGGGAGGCGGUCGUCGUCGAGAUUCAGCAUUGGAGGAAGUUUCCGAAAGGCAGGGAGUAAAAGCGGCCGGAAAGAAGACCGGACUCCGAUUCUGGAAGAAACAGGGGACGGCGAAAAUGGCGGGUACCAUAAGUUCAAUCACAGGAUCAUAGUCUCCGAUUUCGCUUUCAAGAAUCGAUGGAGCAGCGUCGGAUCAUCGGACCUGAUGUUUCUCAGCUCCGAGAUGCUUAACGACGCCGCCGCGGAAUCGAGCAGCGGGAAUAAUAAUUACUUGCCGGCCGAUGCUAAUGCUGUCAAUUACUCGAGGGGGAUUGUUGGCUCGCCGGCGGACAGGCGAGCGGUGUCGGAGCUGACGGGGGUUUCGAGAUUCAGGAGCUUGGGUGUGGAUUCCGGUGAGGGGCCGGUGCCGGCGGAGGAGAGGCAGAGGCAGGCGUGGAUUCCGAUCGUGAGGAGAACGGCGGAGUGGUUCGCCAACAGGGAGAAGCGGAAGACGGCGGCGGAGACAUUAGAUGUGUAG